ACCCCCGACUCAUAAUCAUCUGAAAAAACAACAGGUUCCCUAACUCCAGCUAGAUUGUUGGCUCCUUAUUCCCAAAGUAGUAGUGUAUUAUUAAUCAUUUGACUGGUAGACUUGCGAUGGGCUAGAGAAAACGUUGUUCUCUUUAAAAAAAAAAAAAGGGAAAACAGGAAGACUAGAGUGCAUCGUUUUUUUUUAUCGUGUUCUCCUCCUAAUUCCACGGAAAUCGUGGCCGACGGUUACGCUAUUCCUGGUGGAAACCCCUCUGCCGACUGGCGCCAUGGAACAUCCUCAGCAAACAUCCAAGUACGCCGUCGCCCACGAUUCCAAUCUGCACCUUUUCAUCGGCAGCCCUUCAUACAUUGAUCCUGAUAUCAUGGAUUUACAGUCUUCAUCGUUGUCGAUCUCGUUGAGUACCACCCAGAAGCGGAAGCGCAGUCAGGUUGUUCCACAUGAUAUAAUUGAAAUAGAUGACGAUGAUGAUCAAGAUGGAGUGGUGAUAAUUGGUGAAAAUUUUUCAGACAACAAAAACAAACAACCUAUGAAGUUCGGGAGUGGUAGUAAAAAUCAAGAUACCUUCCCCUUUGUUUAUGGGAGUUCUUGUACUAAAGUCAAAGCUGAAAGUGAUGCGACCUCGGAUAAGCACAAAGGCUUUGUUUUAGACCCACAGGAUUUCAGUUUUACUGAAGACUACGAUUAUACUGAUUAUGAUGAUUAUGAUGAUGAAUAUGACUUUGGCUUGGGUGCAUUUGAGAAUGAUAAUAACCUUAAUUUGGCUGCUCAAUUUGAUGAACUGGACCUGCCACCUGGAGUAGAGGCAACCGUCCCUUGGUUGCAGUGUGAUGCAUCAAAAAUGCUGAUAUCGAAACCAAACCUAAUUAUUGAGGAUGCGAUUGAUUUGAAGUUCAAAGCAUUUAAACAAUUUGAUACUGUUAAAGAUUAUGCAGAUCAUUACUUUUGCAGACCCGAGCUACUUAAGAUAACUCCUGUUGGAAAGAAGCCCGGAAAGGAUUGGGCUAAGAGGAUUCAACAUGAAUGGAAGGUUCUUGAGAAGGAUCUACCUGAGACAAUAUACGUUAGAAUUUAUGAAGAUCGUAUGGACCUUCUUCGUGCUGUCAUUGUUGGACCUGCUGGAACUCCUUAUCAUGAUGGUCUCUUCUUCUUUGACAUUUACUUUCCCACAACCUAUCCUUUGGUACCCCCGAUUGUUCAUUAUCAUUCUGGAGGACUUCGUCUGAAUCCAAACUUGUAUGCAUCUGGAAAAGUUUGUCUUAGCCUUCUUAAUACCUGGUCUGGCCAUGGGUGUGAGAAAUGGAACCCAACAAACUCGACAAUGCUGCAGGUUUUAGUGUCUAUCCAAGCCUUGGUUUUGAAUGCCAAGCCCUACUUUAAUGAGCCAGGCUAUGCAAAUUCAGUCAAUACUCCUCAUGGGGAAACUAGAUCAUUGGCUUACAAUGAGAACACAUUCAUCUUAUCCUGCAAGACAAUGUUGUAUUCCCUACGGAGGCCACCAAGGCAUUUUGAAGACUUUAUAGCUGGACAUUUUCGCAAUCAUGGCCGGAAAAUCCUUGUGGCAUGCAAAGCGUACGCUCAAGGUGCUCAGGUCGGGUGUGUUGUAGGGAACGGUGUGCAAGAUGUUGACCAGGGUGAUAAGAGCAGUUCUUCCACCUUCAAGAACACUCUGAGCACUCUCUUUGAACAGCUGCUAGUGGAGUUUACUGUCAAGGGAGCAGAUUGUGAUAUUUUUCUUGUUGAAAAGGUAAAAAAUGGGGCUGCGGUUGCCAAAGGUGGAACAGCUGCAUCUAGUAACGGGCAUUACUGAAGCCACAGUUGCAACUGCGGAUAAAACUUCAAGCUGGGUAAAAUAAUUUUUGCAGUGCUGGCAUGCCUAAUACCAGUUUAGAUUAAGCUUGGGUUAUUUAGUUGCUAACUUUAUGCAUUUUCAUUUUCUGUAAAUAUGAUAUGUAAAUAUUACUAUAUUUGUGUUUUUAGUGGGCAUCAGCAUGGAGGAUUGCAGGGUUGUCUAUAGUUUCACAGGGUUGUAAGGGGAUAAACUAUUUAACUUCUGAGCAAUUUGUGUGACGUUGACAUGACAAAUGAAAUUAUCAUUGCAAGGCAUUUCAGUUGCGGUUUCAAAGCUUUAA